AUGAUUGCUAAUUGGCGGAACUCGUUUAAUAAAGAAAACUCCUGGUCAAGCUGUCCUCCUGGUUAUUUCUUAAACGGUAUUUACAGAACGAAAGACGCUGACCGUGGAUUUCUGCAUAACAUAAAAGGGGGACGCUGUAAUAAACCAGGUGACCACCCAGCAUACUAUAGUCACUGCUAUUACCACGAUAUUGGGAUAUGUUUUGCUAACGUAGGUUUGUGUAAAUGUAAUGAUGGUUACUAUGUCACUGGUUUGUUCAAAGGGAACUGUAAUAAACUUUAUUGUAUACAGACUUUGCGAUGUUGCAAGCCGGCGUCAGCACCAGAAGUACUGGACGAUCUCCAUAAGGUGAAGACACGCAUCAUGGACACUACAAUGGAGGACUUUGCAGUAUUGGCGCAUUAUCUCGGUUAUGCUUAUUGUGGAGGUUGUAGACUGGAUUACAUUGGCGAGGAUUUUAUUAGAAAAGGCGACACAUGGCUCUCUGUCACGGAAGAGCCUUGUAAUGGGUAUAUGCAUGAUCAACGUCUCAGUCUAGCCUAUGGAGACUGGAGUUUUGGUAUAAAAGACAUCAAAUACGGAACACCUUUAAUUGAAGAUUUGACGCCUGAAACGAUAGACUCAGGAAUGAUUUAUAAUAGAGACCCCACUAGUACAACCAAGACUAUCACACGAACUGAAAUCAUUGAGAGUAGUGUCACCCAUACGACAACCAGCGCUUGGAAAAACAGCCAGGAACUAAAUUUUGAAAUCUCUUACACACCGCCUGGCGGACCUACUGUUUCUGGUGGGUUCAAGUUUGGAUUUGAAAUAAGUUCAUCGCAAGCAGAUGAAAACAAAAAGGAGCAGACGAAAUCCUUUCAAGUCACUAGUGUAAAAACCAUACCACCGAACUCAGCUGCCAAAUGGCGUCUGGUAGUGGCCAAAACUAAAACUUCAGUUAACUAUACUGCGACAAUUAUAGUUAAGUUCUCUACUGAGCUUCAAGGAAUUUUACGUUAUGGUUUGGGGAUUCGUAGUGCUGACACCAAUUAUCAUUAUGAGCAUCGCGGUAGUAAAAAAUUUCCAACUUUUAACUACAGAUUUGGCGACUCUAAGGUCCCAUUCUACACAGCACUGAAGAGAGAGAGCGAUACCAUCUCGCAUCCUUGGUUGUGGACCGAUUUGAAAAGUGCACAUCCAAUCGUCAUGGAUGUAAUCACCUUUUUAACCAACGAAAGCAGGUACGUCUUUCAACUAACCGGAAAGUUUGAAGAAAUCUCGGGAAAAAACGUCGACUUUCAUUGGGAUACCGUACCGACAAGAAAGCGAUCAGUCAACUCUGGUGCUAAUGCACUUAAUAACAUUUUUCAGAGCUCCACACAAAACGCCAAGACUGCACCUAACGAUGUUGGUCCUACGAAUCUAACGGAUCAUAUUUUACAGAACUACACACAAGUGCCCAAGACUGGGCCUAACAAUGUUGGUUCUACGAAUAUAACGAAUAAUAUUUUACAAAACGUCACACGAUUCCACAAGGCUGCGCCUAACGAAGUUUCUCGAGUGAAUCUUGAUCCUUCGUAA